AUGCGGGAAGGAUUUUUUGACGGAGCUGUCAGGUUGAAAAGAUCUAGGCAAUGCUGCAUUGCUCGAAAGAUGCCUGGGUGUGGAAGCGGAACGCCUCGUUCUGAAGAUAGCACAAUGAGUUCACGGCCGGAAGAAUACACAAAAGAAGACGGGGAAUUCAAUGGCUUUAGUGCAGAGGAAAAUACUGACCUUGAGGUCGACUAUGCUAAGCGGGUAGCAAAUGUGCUAGGGUGGUUGAAGUGUAUGUUUCCUCACUUAAUAAUGCCUUCUGAAGCUUCCGAAGAAGAACUAAGAGCAUGCUUGAUUGAUGGGACUGUAUUAUGUAGCAUUUUGAACCAGCUCAGCCCUGGCUCUGUACCUGAGAGUCGAGGUGGUUCAUUUGUUUCUUCCGGGCAGCGCUUGGAGAAUGUCCAAAAGUUUCUUUCAGCUAUCGAUGAAAUGGGGUUACCAAAAUUUGAAGCAUCAGACCUAGAGCAGGGGUCUAUGACAGCAGUUGUGGAGUGCCUUUUGACUCUCAAGAAACUCUCAAACUUCAACCUCAGAGAAGAUAAUAUUCAUGAUGCAAACAGUUCUGCAAAAUGUGGAAUCCAGUCGAGGAAGAGGUGGAAACUUCCUGAAGUUGGAAAUUUGGAGGGCAUGGAUGGAGUCCAAGGGGAUCAAUCAGCCUGUGCACAUAAUACUCUAUCAGGAGAAGAAAGGGGGGCGAUUUUUCCAGAAUCAAAAUUCCAGCGGGUUUCUUUGAAUGAUGCAUUUUCAGACAUGUCACCUCCAUUGUUACAAGAUGGUGGACAGAAGUUCCAUGAAGUUUUUCAACUGAAGCAAGGGUGUUAUUCAGAUCUUCCUGCAGAUAAGAUUUCAGAAAUGAUGAAGUUGAAUAGUUUAGAUAAUGCCUCAACUCAAACACUUCUGAACAUUGUGAAUGGGAUUCUAGAUGAAAGCAUCGAAAGGAAGAAUGGGGAAAUACCUCCGCGUGUAGCGCGCCUAUUGAGAAUAGUCGUGCAAGAGAUUGAGCGGCGGAUUUCAACUCAAUCUGAGCAUAUAAGACAUCGAAAUAAUCUCUUUAAAGUGCGUGAAGAAAAAUAUCAAUCAAGAAUUAGAGUACUUGAAACACUUGCCACUGGCACAAGUGAGGAAACCCAGAUUGUUAUGGACCAGCUUCAGCAAAUGAAGACUGAGAAGGCCAAAAUGGAAGAGAGGAAGAAACUUGGGGAGGGAGAUGUUGUUAGAUUGAUGAAGGAGAAGGAAAACAGCGAUCUCGUAAUUUUAGCACAGAAGGAAGAAUUAGAAAUAACAAAAAAAGCAUAUGAAGAACAAUGCUUACAGUUUGAAACACAAGCUAAGGAAGCUAAAGUGGCAUUGGAGGAGAGGUUAAAGGAAGUUGAGAACCUUCUGACAGAGUCAAGGAACAAGGCCAAAGAACUACAGGCAAUCUCAGAGUCGAAAAUCCAACAUUUGAACAAGAAAGAGCACAUUUACCAAAAUUUCAUAGGUUUCCAGUUCCAGGCUCUGCGGGAACUGAGGGUGGCUUCGAAGUCCAUCAAGAAGGAAGUUAUAAGUACACAAAAGGGCUGGCGGGAAGAAUUUAACAGCUUGGGGACAAAACUUAAAGGACUAAUAGAUGCGGCUGAAAAUUAUCAUAUGGUCCUAGCUGAAAAUCGUAGGCUGUAUAAUGAAGUUCAAGACUUAAAAGGGAACAUUAGAGUAUACUGUCGGAUAAGGCCAUUCCUUCCUGGUCAAACCGGAAAGCUGACAACGAUAGAGUAUAUUGGUGAGAAUGGAGAGUUGUUUGUUACGAAUCCCUCCAAGCAAGGAAAAGAUGGCCACCGGAUGUUUAAGUUUAAUAAAGUCUUUGGUCCUAUGGUUUCUCAAGAGGAGGUAUUUUUAGACACCCAGCCAUUGAUACGAUCUGUUCUUGAUGGCUACAAUGUAUGUAUCUUCGCCUAUGGUCAAACUGGUUCUGGGAAAACAUACACUAUGAGUGGGCCUGAUGCAUCAUCAAAAGAUGACUGGGGGGUCAACUACCGAGCGCUGAAUGAUCUUUUCCACAUUUCUCGGAAUAGGAGAAACACUUUUAUGUAUGAAGUUGGAGUUCAAAUGGUUGAAAUAUAUAAUGAGCAAGUGCGUGAUUUACUCACAAGUGACGGUUCACACAAGAGACUUGGGAUUUGGAGUACCUCUCAACCCAAUGGGCUUGCUGUCCCUGAUGCCAGUAUGCAUCCUGUCAACUCAACUGCAGACGUACUGGAAUUAAUGCAAAUUGGACAGAUGAACAGGGCUGUAGGUGCCACUGCUCUUAAUGAAAGAAGCAGCCGGUCCCACAGUAUUCUCACAGUCCACGUUCGGGGUGUGGACUUGGAGACUGGCACUGCAUUGCGUGGCUCCCUUCAUUUGGUAGAUCUUGCUGGAAGUGAAAGAGUUGAUCGCUCUGAAGCAACAGGAGACAGGCUUAGGGAAGCACAACAUAUCAACAAAUCACUGUCUGCGCUUGGAGAUGUCAUCUUUGCUCUGGCACAAAAGAGCCCUCAUGUACCAUACAGAAACAGUAAACUAACUCAAGUUCUUCAGAGUUCUCUAGGUGGCCAGGCAAAGACCCUCAUGUUUGUUCAGCUCAAUCCAGAUGUAGACUCAUAUUCUGAGACAAUAAGUACCUUGAAGUUUGCUGAGAGAGUUUCUGGAGUUGAGCUAGGUGCUGCACGGAGCAACAAAGAGGGCAAGGAUGUUAGAGAAUUAAUGGAACAGGUGACAUCCCUUAAGGACAUAAUUGCAAACAAAGAUGAGGAAAUCGAACGGUUGCAACUGCUCAAGGAUAAUAGAACUCAGUCCCCCAAUAUAUUUAGUGAAAAGCGUGGCCCAAACUCACUGAGGAGGGCACCCUCCUCCCCUGGUAGGCUUUCCCUGGGAGGUAGGCCCUCAAACCGAAGCCGAAAACUAUCAAGUGGAAGAGCAGCAGCGUCCUCUGACAAAGCGGGCUCUGACCUAGACAACUGCUCCGAGUACAGUGAUAGGCAGUCUGAGGCUAGUUCUCAGCAGUCUCAAGAAGACUUUAGGCACCAAAAGGAAUUUUUGCGCCAAUCAAGGCUCGCUGUAGGGUACGCAGGUCAGGAUUUUUCUGAAGAUGUUGAGCUCUUGGGCUUCGGUGAUGGCGAUUCCGAGGAGAGAUUAAGUGACAUAUCAGAUGGUGGGCUUUCCAUGGGAACAGAAACUGAUGGCUCAAUAGGCAGUGUCGUCGAGUUCACCCUAUUCCCUGAAGUUGCAAAACCGGCGGAGAGCAUGGAUAAAACAACUACUGGAUGCAGGACCAAACUUCCAUCGCGAAUUCCUCGACCCCCUCCAAAGCCGACACAAACGGGACUUACACAACCACCUCCAAGGUUUUCUUCAAAGGCUUCAACAAGUUCGAGAAAAAGUGCUCCUGGCCAAGCUAGCGGCUCUUCAACCAAAUCCUCAAAACGAUGGCAGUAAAGGAGGCAUAUCAGCGGGAACAACUUUUGUACUGACAUCCAUAACCAACUUGUGUGUUUCCGGAGUCACACUAUGCUGCUGAGUUGUACCGUUAAAUCAACGGGAGCUAACAUGCAACUUUGAGCAUGUAAUUUAUGUAUCUUUUAAAAGUUACAAAUAGCUUGUAUUUAUGGGGCUGUGUAAUGCAUCGGGUGAUUCAGAGAGGGUAGGGUCCACGCAUUGCAUCGGCUGUGGGAUUCAUUUCAUUGUCAGUGGAAUUCUGGUGGUUUCCGAGUAUCUUUGUAAUUCCUGGCAUAUGUUGUAUUAGAUUUGGAUUAGUAAAGAAGCAUUAACUUAUCCUAAA